UACCCAAAAUAGAACUCGUUGAGAUAAAGUAACUCUAUAUAAAUUUCAAGUUCGCUUCCAUCACCACCUAUUCACUUUGUCAAAAUGAGUUGCAUUCAACACAACAAAGCCUUUAUUAUAAGAAACGUCAAAUCCAGACUUGUGCUAGAUGGUACCGUAAGCGGUACCAGCGCCCAGGUUACAAUCCAGACAUACAGUGGUAGUUCUUUGCAACUCUGGAAAAUGGAAUGCAUCGAUGGUGGAAAAUUCAUAAUUACCAAUGUCGGGACUGGGUACGUACUCGACAUAAAUGGUGGAGCCGCUGCAGGAAACAAAGUCAUUACGUAUUCGCAAAAACAUGGUGGCCCUAACCAACAGUGGCGCAUCGAAUCUGACAAAACUAUAGUCAGUGGAGAUACGAAGUUUGUUGUUGAUAUUUAUGAAUCAAGAUUUCAAGCAGGCACUCCUGUUGAUGUUUUUACUAAAUGGUUGACAGAUAAUCAGCUGUUUGAGCUCGAGUAUGUCUAAAUAUAAACUCGUUAAAAAUUAAUAAAUAUGAAAUGUGUUAUUGUUAGAGAUAAUUUUAAAAAUAAAACUGUUGAU